AAUUUGAACAAAAAGAUAACAUGGCUAUGUAAAUUCUUCCACAAGAAAAAGCUUAUUUAGCUACCUAGCUUUCCGAUCGGAUCGUCUCUCAGCCCGCGCCGCCGACCCCCCGCCUGAGAUUAAUCCGCCGUCCUCCACCAAACUCAACACCGCCGCCGAAACGGUUAUAGGAUUAGAAUAAAGGAGAUGGAUGAUGUGGUAACUGACCUUCCGCCACCAUCAAGAUUUUUGUUGGAAGAUCUCAACAAUUUCACUCCUCCAUCUCAACCUCUUCCAUCUCCAUUCCUAGUGUUCUCAACUCUGGAUUCCAAUAAAAGCUUUCAUCCAUCACUUCUCAUAGUUGCUAUGUCUUCCCCAUCUCUUCAUUUUUUACACCACCUCUCCUUCAAAACUCUAAUUGGCGCUCUUGUUCUUCCAGAGUUCGCUUUCUCUGGCAACACUGUGGAACCCUCACUUGGUGACAAAUCAUGCAAUAUAUAUGCCCUUAAUCAUUCUGAUAAACUGAUUAUGAUUGCUCUUGUUCAGUACUCUGUUACUGCAGAGAGAUCCCAUGAAGUGUCAAAGUUGCUGAUUGGUGAACGCAUCAUACCUGAGAGGGUUUUGAUUUUGGAUUCUGUUCAAAGUCGUUACUUUCGUGGUAAACUUUCACCAGAUGACAUAUUUGCAGUCAAGUUGGAGACAUCAUUGGAAAGAAAAAGUUCGGAUACUGGAGAUUCACCGCUGAUAAAAGGGUUGGAUUAUUUCUCAUCAGGAAGUGUGGUGGACGGCCUGGCUGCUGCUUUGUUGAGUCGAUGUCAAUUGAAGAAGAUCAAAGGGACUCUCUGUGUUUCAUGGCCUCAUUUCGGUAUUUCAGUGAUGUCACUGAUUAAGUCGCUGCUGCUGAAGGAUGUUCUGGCUGGCAUAAAUCCUAGUAGUGAUAUGAAUUUGGAGAGUGGGUAUUUAAGUUUUAGUCGUAGGAAGGAUCUUCAUCUCGAUUCUGAGUUGUAUACUUGAUCUGCUAGAUUUUAGGUUUUUCCAUAACAGACUUAUAUCUCAUUUUUCUUGUUGUCUUCCAAUUUUCUUUCUUCUUGUAUUUUGAGAAAAGCUUGCCUUUAAACCCUUCAUGUAUACGGAUAAUAGUUUUGAGAAUGCACUUGUUUCUGUUCCUUAUUUUUGUUA